CCGUUUUUGGUAGUGUCGUCUUCUUAUCUGUGUGUUUACCGCUCUCGUACAGCUUUGAACCAUGUCUGCGUUUGUUGGCAAGUAUGCAGAUGAGCUCAUCAAGACCGCCAAGUACAUAGCGACUCCCGGCAAGGGCAUUCUCGCCGCCGACGAGAGCACCGGCACCAUGGGCAAGCGUCUGGCUAGCAUUAACGUCGAGAACAUUGAGUCCAACCGCCAAGCCCUGCGCGAGCUCCUUUUCACCGCUCCAAACGCUCUCCAAUUCCUCUCCGGCGUCAUCCUCUUCGAAGAAACCCUCUACCAGAAAACUGCCUCCGGUAAGCCCUUCGUCGAAGUCCUCCAAGAAAACGGCGUUGUUCCCGGCAUCAAGGUCGACAAAGGCAUUGUCGAAUUAGCCGGCACCAAUGGUGAAACCACCACGCAGGGCUUCGAUUCGCUUGGAUCUCGGUGCGCGCAAUACUACAAGGCCGGUGCACGAUUCGCCAAGUGGCGCGCCGUGUUGAAAAUCGGACCGACCGAGCCGUCGGAGUUGUCGAUCCAGCAGAAUGCGCAGGGAUUGGCUCGCUACGCUAUCAUUUGCCAGGAGAAUGGGUUGGUGCCCAUCGUGGAGCCUGAGAUUCUGACUGAUGGCCCACAUGACAUUGCCAAGUGUGCUGCUGCUACUGAAACUGUGCUUGCUGCUGUUUACAAGGCGCUCAAUGAUCACCAUGUUCUUCUUGAAGGAACUCUUCUCAAGCCUAACAUGGUCACUCCUGGCUCUGACAGCCCAAAGGUACCACCUGCGGUGGUUGCUGAGUACACAGUCAGGGCACUGCGCAGAACCGUGCCGGCUGCAGUACCAGGGAUUGUGUUCUUGUCUGGUGGACAAAGCGAAGAAGAGGCAACACUGAACUUGGAUGCAAUGAACAAGCUGGAAGUGCUGAAGCCAUGGACUGUGUCUUUCUCCUUUGGGCGAGCAUUGCAGCAGAGCACCCUCAAGACGUGGGGUGGGAAGAAGGAGCAUGUUGCCAAAGCUCAGGCGGCUUUCCUGGCAAGGUGCAAGGCCAACUCCGAUGCAACUCUCGGCAAAUACUCUGGCGCCGGCGCCGGCGGGUUGGCCUCUGAGAGUUUGUUUGUCAAAGAUUACAAGUAUUAGCCUCCUUGAGGGAGUUGCGAAAUUGAUUUAAGGGGGCGCUUAAAUUAAUUGUACGAUGAAACCAAAGUCUUUUUUUUUAUUUAUAAUUAACUUUCUCACUUUUGGGUACAUAUAAUUUAUAAUUAUAAAUAUUUCAGUUUGUAUUCCUACAAUAUGAUGUUUUGACAUGUUUUGAUUCUUAA